AUGUCGGCAGAGAAGCGGCCCGCAUCAGAUGAAUAUGGCUCUUCGCAGAUGUUGGUGAAGAGGCCAAACCUGGGCAAGGAUAGCAAGGCUGUAACUGUCGCCAGUGGAUCUGGAGGAAAUGGCGCGCUCACACAAGCGGCGCCGCGCACCACUGGUCUUCAAGCUCCUGUCAUGGAAUUGACUGGGCACUCAGGAGAAGUCUUUUGUGCGAAAUUUGAUCCUAACGGAAACUACUUUGCCUCUGGAUCCAUGGACAGAACGAUAAUGCUCUGGAGGACGUUUGGCAACUGCGAGAACUACGGCACUUUGACAGGCCAUAAAGGUGCAAUACUUGAUCUACAUUGGUCGCGAGAUUCAAGAGUGUUAUUUUCAGCAUCUGCAGAUAUGCACCUGGCGAGUUGGGAUUUGGAGACUGGAACGAGGAUACGACGGCAUGUUGGACACGAGGAAGUGAUCAAUACAAUGGAUAUUAGCAAACGAGGUGAAGAAAUCCUCAUCAGCGGAUCUGAUGAUGGCUAUAUCGGAAUAUGGGAUCCUCGAACGAAAGGUGCAGUGGACUUUAUUGAAACCGAAUUCCCAGUGACGGCGGUAGCAUUGGCGGAGGCUGGCAAUGAGUUAUAUUCUGGCGGCAUCGACAACGAUAUCAAGGUUUGGGACAUGAGGAGAAAGGCCGUGGUUUACUCUAUGCUGGGACACACAGACACCAUCUCUUCUCUAAGGAUAUCUCCGGACUCACAAUCGCUUCUUUCAAACUCGAUGGACUCGACCGUGCGAACUUGGGACAUCAGACCGUUUGCUCCAACAGAACGGCACAUUCGAACAUUCGAUGGAGCCCCCGCUGGAAUGGAGAAGAAUCUAAUCAAGGCAAGCUGGAACUCACAAGGGAAGAAGAUCGCAGCAGGAGCCGGAGAUGGGACCGUGGUUGUUUGGAAUAGUGAGACGGGGAAGUUGCUAUACAAGUUGCCGGGACACAAGGGGACGGUUAACUGUGCCGAAUUAUCUCCAUCGUCAGAUCCCAUCAUCCUGUCUGGCUCCUCGGAUCGGACGCUUUUGCUGGGUGAGCUGAAGUGA